GUUUUCUGCAGAUCUGUUAUAAACAGAACUCUAUUACACGAAAUGUUCGCAGAUCCCGGCCCGGAACACCUAGAAGUAUUGUCCAACCGAUUCGGACACUCGUCCUUUCGUCCGAUGCAAUGGCGCAUCAUUCACUCGAUCAUCCAUCAGCAGCGGGACAACUGCGUCAUCAUGGCGACCGGUUACGGUAAAUCGCUUACCUACCAAUAUCCGUCCGUCUUUCUGGACCGCCUCACGUUCGUCGUUUCCCCACUCAUCAGUUUAAUGGAAGACCAAGUGCUAUCCCUGAACGUUUGCAACAUUCCAGCCUGCCUGCUUGGAUCUGCACAACGCACCAAUCAGCUGGCGGCCAUCGAGGCGGGAAAGUUCCGUGUCGUGUAUCUCACCCCGGAGUACAUUACCGGUGAGAGUGGCCAAAAGUUGCUGGCGUCCGUGCGGGACCAGCUUAUCCUGAUUGCCAUCGAUGAGGCGCACUGUUUGAGCAAAUGGGGUCACGACUUCCGGCCGGCUUAUCGAGGCUUGGGCGUCAUCAGGGAGCUCUGCCCGAAUGUGCCAAUACUGGCCGUUACCGCAACCGCCACACUGAAGGUAAGGGACGACAUUGUGCGUAGUUUGAAGCUGAACAAUCCACAAAUACUCUGCACCGGUUUCGAUCGACCCAACUUGGAGUUCAUCGUGCGAUCUAAGGGACCGCAAGGUCCGCUGGAGGAUAUCAAGCCACUGCUGUCCAAAAACCGUCCCGGUAGCGUAAUUAUUUACUGCAUCACACGUAAGCAAACGGAAGAGAUAGUGGAACUGCUACGAAGCAAAGGAUUCGUCUGCGAUGCGUACCACGCAGGACUUUCGAUAAAGCAGCGCCGAACGGUGCACGAGCAGUUCGUGAGCGACAGAGUGCAGAUCAUCGUGGCCACGAUUGCCUUCGGAAUGGGCAUCGACAAACCGGACGUGCGGUUGGUCAUCCACUACGGUGUGUCGAAAGAUCUCGAAAGCUACUACCAGGAGGCGGGACGGGCGGGGCGCGAUGGGCAACCGUCCCGCUGCAUCAUGUUCUGGAACCGGGCCGACUUCAAGACGCAUGAAUUUCUUCGCUCCCAGAGUGAAGGAUCGGUUAAAACUAAUCUCGAGCAGCUGUCGCGCACGAUGAACGAGUAUCUCGACACCAGAGACUGCCGGCGGAAGUUCAUACUGCGAUACUUUGAGGGCACUCUUUCCCAGAUGGGCAAACAGGAGGAAACAAAGGUGGAGAUGGGGAGGAAAUGCUGUGAUAAUUGUACGCGUGGCGGGGUUGCGAAGGACUGCGAGCGAUACGAGGGCAUCGAUGCCGACGGUCGGUACGACUUUGCGGUGGACACCGUUCAGCUUAUGCAGGCGAUCGAACUGUUGGGUGGUGGAACAGGCCUUUCUCUACCGAUUCUGCUACUACGGGGAUCCAAAAACAAGAAAUUGGGCGACCGUCUCUUACGACACCCGCUGUACGGGAAAGGCAAGGCGAAGGAUGAAACGUGGUGGAAAUGCCUUGGAGGAUUGCUCGAGCGGGAGGGUUACCUGUGCAAGGUGAAAAUUCCAAAUAUAAUAAACAAAUUUGCCACGAUUUACAAGGUGCAACUCACCCCUGUAGGGCGUCGAUGGCUUAACUCCGGUGGGCCCGAUCGUAAGCUAAUGCUGAAACCGACCGCGGAAAUGUUCAAAAUGAUGACGGUCGUCAAACCAGCUUCACUGUACGACCCAACGGAACCACAGUCAUCCGCUUUACGAGGCCAGUUACCCUCCAAGGGCGCAGGACUCCAAGAUCUCACGCAAGAACUUGUUAAGUGCCUGCUGAAAAAACGCUCCGAACUUGCGACCACAUUCGAGUGUAUGCCGUACAUGAUAGCCUCGAAUGCCGCCUUGCGUCAAAUGGCAACCCGUAAGCCGCUCAACCUGAAGGAGAUGAAGGAGGCCCAACUGGACGGAUUUUCCGAUGCGAAGCUGCAGAAAUUUGGACGAGAGUUUUUGAUCUGUAUUCAACGGAUGCUAAAUUUCCUUCCCCCGACAUCCAGUGAAAGCAAUGAUGCUGCCGAUGCGAUAAAAUCGCAGCCAACGUUCACCCAAAACGUGGCAUCACAGCCGACUUGCAGUCAACCAAAAGAUGCCAUAGCAACCGUAGAUUCCUUUUUCGACGAGGAAGAUGAAGAUGUGUUCGAUUUGGACGAACUAGAUCGGGUGGAAGCUUCGUUCGUUAACGAGAAGGAUGUUACAACGCCAACCUCUUCGCCAUCUCUCUUGGGAUCAUCACAAGAUUGCCGGAUAACGAUCGACGCAGGUUCAGAAGGAAAAGACUGUCAAGAGGAUUCUCCUAACAGGGUAAUGGAUGCUGCUCGUCCAGGUGGAAAUAGUGCCAAUACUCAAGUAAACCUUCCAUCGACCGUGCUUUCAACAUUGCCCAUUUAUUCAGAUACGAACGUUGGAAGAGAAUUGAAGCCGCAAAAUCCAUCCCAGCCAUCACUUAGUGCCACUCCCACCGCGGAACCGCAUAAAAAGGGAACAUUUGUCAUGAAAACUCCAAUACGCGGGCGUACGGUGAACCUUAAACGCAUCCUUUACGAGGAUGACGAGAGCGAAAAUGAUGAUGAAGUCGAAAAUGAAUUGUUUUCCAAGAGGUUGCCUAAGAGAAAAUCGUAAAAUAAAAUUGUUGACCUGUUAAACAUCUUU